AACCAUGCAAACUACCAACAAUGAUCACUCCACAACAACAUUCAGUUCUUCCACACAUACUGGGGUAUCAUCCACUUUGCCUGGAAAGAUCACUGUGUUCAUGGAUACGUCUCCUGAAUAUAGGACAGACACAACACCAAUCAAUAUGAAAACAACCCAACUCUCUCUCACCGACAGUGCACCAUCAACAACAGAGCCACAGACUACAUUUAUGACAACAGUCAUGCCGACAGAAUCAACCGACUCAAGCACAUCACCAGAAAUGUCCAACACAAAGGAAACCAUGCAAACUACCAACAAUGACCACUCCACAGAAGCAUUCAGUUCAUCCACACAUACUGGGGUAUCAUCCACUUUGCCUGGAAAGACCACUGUGUUCAUGGAUACGUCUCCUGAAUAUAGGACAGACACAACACCAAUCAAUCUGAAAACAACCCAACUCUCUCUCACCGAUAGUGCACCAUCAACAACAGGUAUGUCUUUAACUUCAAAACCACACUUCACAUCUGAAUCAACAGUGACAUUUGGAGGAUCAACACCUAAUGAGUAUAGCACAAAGUCAUCAAGUUUGAAUACAAAGUCGAAUCAACCUAAACCAACAAGUCAAGAAUCAUCAACAAGUGAAAUGUCCUCCUCUUCAGAACCACAGACUACAUUUAUGACAACAGUCAUGCCGACAGAAUCAACCGACUCAAGCACAUCACCAGAAACGUCCAACACAAAGGAAACCAUGCAAACUACCAACAAUGACCACUCCACAGAAGCAUUCAGUUCUUCCACACAUACUUGGGUAUCAUCAACUUUGCCUCCAAAGUCUACUGGGUUCACAGAUAUGUCUUCUGAAUAUAAGACAGACACAACACCAACCAAUCUGGAAACAACCCAACCCUCUCUCACCAGCACUGAACCGUCAACAACAGGUAUUUCUUCACCUUCAAAACCACAGUUUACUUCUGAAACAACAGUAACAUUUGGAGGAACGACUCCUAAUGAGGACAGAACUGAAUCAUCAGCACCGCAGGCUACAUCUGUCACAAUCGUAAUGCCCACAGAAUCAGUUGAAUCAAACACAUCACCAGAAACAUUCACCACAAAAGGAACCAUGCAAACUACCAACAAUGACCACUCCACAGAAACAUUCAGUUCUUCCACACAUACUGAGGUAUUAUCAACUUUGCCUCCAAAGUCUACUGGGUUCACAGAUACGUCUUCUGAAUAUAAGACAGACACAACACCAACCAAUCUGGAAACAACCCAACCCUCUCUCACCAGCACUGAACCGUCAACAACAGGUAUGUCUUCACCUUCCAAACCACAGUUUACUUCUGAAACACUAAUGUUCAGACACAAACCUUUGCUCCAGCUGCAUCCACAGAUGCUGACCAAACACAUUCCACAGUAA